AUGAGGGAUCCAAAUCUACCUGUCUACCAACCGAGUUCCAUUCUUGCCCUCCGUCUUCAACUGGCAGAAGUCUCCCUGCAGGCGAAUCGCAAUACAUCAUCAUCAUCAUCAUCUUCAACAACAGCAUCAUCCCGACCCAAGAAAUCCCCAUCACAGACAAUGGCAACCCUCCAGAACCUUUCCAAAACAUCAACAGUCGUCCUCUUCACUCCAGUUCUAACCCCCUCAACAUCAUCGUCAACCAAGAAAUCCACAUCCUCAUCGACCUCCUCCUCCUUGUCCCCCUCAAUCGACCCAUUUGAAACUCUCGGUCGCUCCCUAGCCUCCCACCACCCUCGAAUCCGCCACGUGCCCUACAUCCCCUCCGUAGGUUUCACUUCCACACACUCUGCAUUCCUGCACGAAGCCUCCGCAAUCAUCAUCGUCUUAUGCGAAGCCUCUCACAACAAAUCCACAAGUCUGGGACAGCAACUAUCAUUCGCGGAAGCCGCAUUAUCUGCCACCACAUGUAGUGGAGGGGAUAUACUUCCGCCGAUUUUGGUCCAGUGUGGGAGUGGAUUUGGAGAGGUGGAAGGGAGGAUCAUCAGGGAGUUUGAAAUUGUUAUCAAGUGUGCGUGGUUGGGGGAAGAUGUUGCAAAGGGGAUUGCGGGGAAAAUGUUUGGGAGGAAGUGA